GGCAAGCAUCACUUGUUAGCCGGCGAGCUCAAGAAGCUCCAGCUCCGACAUUGUAGUUGUCACCUGUCACUUUGUCCGUGUUCGCAAUGGCCAUGCCGAUGCCGAUGCCGAUGCCGCCGCCGGGGCCGGGCGGCGACACGCCACCGGCGGCGCCGCCGAUGAUGCCGAUGCGGAUGGGCGGCGGCAUGUCCUUCACCUGGGGACACCGCGCGGUGGUGCUCUUCUCGGGGUGGCCGGGCGACCGCGCCGGCGUCGGGAUGUACGUCCUCUGCCUCCUCGUCGUGCUCGCGCUCGCCGCGCUCGUCGAGGCCCUCUCCGCCACGGCGUCCCGCCGGCGGCGGCAGCAGCAGCCGGCGCUGCUCGCCGCGGGUGCCCACGCGGCCAAGAUGGCGCUGGCGUACCUGGUGAUGCUCGCCGUCAUGUCCUUCAACGUCGGCGUGCUCCUGGCGGCCGUCGCUGGCCACGCCGCCGGCUUCCUCCUCGCCCGGAGCGGCCUGCUCGGUUCUCGCGCCGCCGCGCCCGACACCGAUGGCGCCGCCGCCGCCGCCACGUCGAAUGGUUCUUCUCUCCAUCCAUCGUCGUCAGAGCCGAAACCUUGAUCAUAUCUUGUCCCGUAAAUUCCCAGAAAAAACAAAGCUGUAACUCAAGGAGAUUACAUAAAACAAAAUGCGAAAUUGUACUGUGCAAAAUUUGUCCGAGAGGAGCAUCAAAAUGGUUUCUUGAUC